AACAGAGGAUUGUGGGAAAUGUAGCAAAUUGUUAGCAUAUGCAGCAGCCAGUUGUAAGGGUAGUAAGCUAGACACGUUAGCUGUAUCACAGAAUCAUUUAUUUCUAUAUAUUUUCGCGGUGCAAUAUUACCGUCAACAUUGUCAAAGCCUCACAAUGGCCCCAGCUUCAUUGGGCCUCUCGUUUAUUCUUGCCGUCAGUAUUUUUAUUGCAAACCCAAGUCCCUCUCAUGCCUGGGACUCAGACCUUGAGCUGUUCGACCUGGUGGAGGAAAUUCAACAAAACUUUUACGAAUUCCUGUCUGUUGAACAGGAUGCCUCGUCAGUGGACAUCAGAAAGGCCUAUCGCAGGCUGUCGCUCACGUUGCAUCCCGACAAGAACAAAGACGAGAAUGCUGAAACCCAAUUCAGACAGUUGGUGGCCAUCUAUGAAGUACUGAAAGAUGAAGAGAGGAGAGAGAGGUAUAAUGAUGUCCUGGUCAACGGGCUACCGGACUGGAGGCAGCCAGUGUUUUACUACAGGCGGGUGAGGAAGAUGAGCAAUGGGGAGCUGGGCUUCCUGCUCUUCCUCAUCCUCACUGUGUGCCACUACGCAGUGAUCUGGUCCAUCUACCUGGAGAAGCAGCUGGAUGAACUUCUGAGCAAGAAGAAAAAGGAGAAGAAAAAAAAGAUGAGUAGCAAGAGUGCUGAAGAAUCACGGUGUGUUGGACAGGAUAAAAUUGAGAAGUCACAUGACAAACCUCAUUGGCAGGAUAUCCUGCCACUCAAGCUGAGCAUCUGGCUGUAUCUCUCUGUUAAGUCCCUGCCCCAUGUCAUCCAGGAUGCCAAACAGUAUUACGAAGAUUAUAAGGAGAUGAAAAUCAGAGAGAAAGAGGAAGCGGAAGCCAUGGCGCUGGAAGAACAGGAAGCUACAACAAUAAAAGAGAAACGACCCAAAGUGAAGAAGCCGAAGUUUGAGUUCCCCGUUUAUGAGCCUUCGCUCAAGGUCGCAGACGGCGCAUACUCGCCAGUAUACGACCAGGGAACGUCCAUCGAGGAGAUCGAAGACCAGAUGGACGACUGGCUAGAGGAUAAGAAGUCUCCGAAGAAAAAGGCACCUGAGUGGUCAGAAGAGGACAUCACUCUCCUGACCCGGAGUAUGGCCAAGUUCCCUGGGGGAACACCUGGUCGCUGGGAGAAGAUCGCACACGAACUAGGAAGAUCGGUGACAGAUGUUACUGCAAAAGUCAAACAAGUUAAAGACGGUCAAGCCAACACAUCAGGGCUGGUGAAGCUCUCGGAGCUCAAGGCUCAGGGCAGCGCAGCACUCUCAGGAAAGGGAUCCAAAGCUGGGGCCGGAGCUGUACCCGACAGCGUCAUGACCCAGCGAGAACACCCGCAACCCCAGCCUCUGGCAGCAGCCACAGCAGAGUGGAUGGAGCCCAGUGGAGGAGGGGAUGAAGGAGAGGGCAUCCAGGCAGGCGGUGUUAGGAGGAGAGGCAGAAAGACUGGGGGUGGAGGGGUGGGGGGCGAGGAGAAAGCCAAGGGGCGCAGACAGAGGGACUUCGACCCCACAGUUGCCACCGAGGACAGCGAGGAGGAACAGAGUCCGCCCACCUCCUCGGUCCCACAACCCUCCAAGGAGAAGGCCGCGGCGGCUGACGACGUCUGGACCCAGAACCAGCAGAAGCUUCUGGAGCUGGCCCUGCAGCAGUACCCGCGAGGCACCACGGAACGCUGGGACAGGAUUGCCAAGGUGGUGCCCGGGAAGAGCAAGGAGGAGUGUACGAUACGUUACAAACUGUUGGCUGAACUGGUGCUGAAAAGGAAGCAGGCCAAGAGCUGAGUCCGCCAAGGACGGCCAUCUUGAAAUCACUUUCUGGCUCCCUUUUCCUAGCUACUAUCCACUUCAAUGUGAUCUGAAAAGCCUGGAUGGAUGAAGGCAAUGUAGUGAAAAAAAAUCCACAUUUCAUAUCGUUGGGCCAUAUUGCUUUUACCUGUCCAGUUCCUUCAGAUCUGUGAACAGGACGGGGAGAGGAGCAGGGGGAAGGGCCAUCCUCUCAUGUCUGUCAUGUGCCUUAGCUCCACCCAAAGCAUGCCAUCCAGCCUCUGAACUGCUAUGUGAGGAUUCAAAGCACCAACAAAAAAACAUCUAUACUUUUUUUUUUUUUUUGUACUUCAAUAUGUUUUGACUUCUGCUUUGCGCUGUCAUUUGAAAUCACACAUGUACUGAAUAUAACUUCUUUGAGAUGAGGAAAUAAACUGUUUUAUUUAUUUACAUGGA